AUGUGCUGGAGGAACAACACUGUAUUUCACCGGACAUCCAUCAAGUUCCUGGAAUUUGUAGAAGACUUCUUCCUCACACAAAUGAGAGGUGAACUAGUGACCAACAAUGCUGAAAAGGCGGAGGUCCUCAACACCUUCUUCACCUCUGUCUUUACCAGUGCUGUUGGGUCCCAAGUCACAGGAACAAAAGUCCAGGUUGAUGCAGACACUGACCCACCAUCAAUGAAGGAAGAGUUGGUGUGUCAACUAUUACAGGAGCUUUACCCAUAUGAAUCGAUGGGCCUGGAUGCCAUCCACCCUAGGGUGCUGAGAGAGCUGGAUGACGUCGUUGCAGAGCUGCUCUCCAUAAACUUUGAGAAGUCGUGGAGAUCAGGAGAUGUCCCUGAAGACUGGAGGAAGGCUAAUGUCACUCUCAUCUAUAAGAAGGAUCCAAUGGAGGACUCAGUUGGACCUCCGUACACGUUGCAUUUUCGAAUUAAGUACUAUUCAUCAGAACCAAACAACCUUCAUGAGGAGUUUACAAGGUACCUGUUUGUAUUACAGCUCCGGCAAGAUAUUCUUUCAGGGAAGGGAAAGAGCCCAGCACAGGCCGAAUUGUGCUACUUGAACAAAGCUAAAUGGCUAGAAAUGUAUGGUGUGGAUAUGCAUGUAGUUAAGGGAAGAGAUGGUUGUGAAUAUGCUCUUGGACUGACACCAACAGGCAUAUUGAUCUUUGAAGGAGCCAACAAAAUAGGUUUAUUCUUUUGGCCAAAAAUCACAAAAAUGGACUUUAAAAAGAGCAAACUAACACUUGUGGUUGUAGAAGAUGAUGAACAGGGUAGAGAGCAAGAGCACACGUUUGUUUUCCGGUUAGACAGUGCCAAGACAUGCAAACACCUGUGGAAGUGCGCAGUGGAGCACCACGCUUUCUUCAGGCUGCGAGCCCCAGCAACUAGUAAAUCCAGCAGAUCCGACUUCAUACGGCUGGGAUCACGCUUCAGAUUCAGCGGGCGGACGGAGUAUCAAGCGACACAUGGGACAAGAUUACGCAGAACUAGCACGUUUGAAAGAAGGCCCAGCAAGAGGUAUCCUUCUCGAAGGCAUUCAACUUUUAAGGCAAACAAUCCUGUGAAAGCAGCACAGCUGUGUGCUAAAAAUACUCCUGAAGUCCAUAACUACCAGCUGAUCUAUCCCUUGAACAACAGUGAUCUGCAUCAGUUCAACAUUGAGGAGAAUGGUGGAACACCAUAUACCACAAAAAUGCCCCCGAGGCACCACCACCACCACCGGCACCACCACCACCACGCGAAUUACGGCGCUCUUGCACCUGACAGCAAAGAUAUUGUUCCUGGAGUUCCAAACCCAAACAAACUGAGCUCAGGACUUCCCCUUCUUUAUGAUGAAACUUCUCAUCUGAAGAAAAUAGAAACGGAGAGUGUGAAGGUAGUUGGACCAUGGCCAGCCCUGCACAUCAACAUGAACAAGAUAAACCUAGUAAGACUGAAGCUGAAGGCAGGUCAAGAAACGUUCAAACAGAGUGAGCCUGAUGAGCCUCAGUGGCCUUGCAAACUGUUCAAUGGUUACCCUUUUCCUACUGCUCCUCCUGUGGAUCCAUUUGCAAAAAUCAAAGUGGAUGACUGUGGAAAAACCAAGGGAUGCUUCAGGUAUGGUAAGCCUGGAUGUAAUGCGGAGACCUGUGACUACUUCCUGAGUUACCGCAGAAUAGGCGCCGAUGUCGAGUUUGAGUUGAGUGCUGAUACUGAUGGCUGGGUGGCAGUGGGAUUUUCCUCAGACAAGAAAAUGGGAGGAGAUGAUGUCAUGGCUUGUGUUCAUGAUGAUAAUGGAAGAGUCCGGAUACAGCACUUCUAUAAUGUCGGCCAGUGGGCUAAAGAAAUCCAGAGAAAUCCUGCUAGAGAUGAAGAAGGGGUUUUUGAAAACAAUCGUGUAACGUGUCGAUUCAAGCGUCCUGUGUAUGUUCCCCGAGAAGAAACCAUCGUAGAUCUGCACUUGAGUUGGUACUAUCUGUUUGCUUGGGGUCCAGCAAUUCAGGGUUCUAUAACUCGUCAUGAUAUAGACUCACCACCCGUAUCAGAGCGUGUUGUCAGUAUUUACAAGUAUGAAGAUAUUUUCAUGCCAUCAGCUGCCUAUCAGACCUUCUCUUCUCCAUUCUGCUUGCUCCUCAUUGUUGCACUGACCUUCUAUUUAUUGAUGGGGACCCCAUGACUGAUGGAAAAUAGCAAGAAUCUGUCAGUGGAAGUUUCUCAGGAUGGACUGCUGUACAGAUGGACAAUGCAUUUUUCUCAUAUAUAUAAUGAAUUUAUAUCACACCACCAUCAUCAUCUAGCUGCUUUUGAACAUAGCUUCUCAGAAGAAUCAAAUAACCAUCUCCUUUGAGUCAAAGUGUGGUUGGUGACAAAUCAUUUAGGAAUUUCAGUGAACACACGGGAGCAUAUUUUCUGUGUUGUGACUACUUGCUUAAAGGAGACUUUUGUAAAAUAAGCGUGUGUGUGUGUUUGUAUGGGAGGGGUGUCUGUAUGAGUGUUUAGUCAAAUUUAGUGAUGGACAUCUUAUCAAAUAACAAAAUUGCCUUCCAAAUUGCUCCCAAAAAGCAGAUUUGGAAAAAC